AACACAUUUCCCGUGAGCUUCGGAAGCAGAUAUGACAUGUCACACAUAAUGAAGUUUAUGCAAACGACAGAGCUAUCUCAGGCCCGGUCCGCUGAACGUGCCAGUAAAUCCUGCAGUGUUUAAUCAGGCUUUGGGACUGUGUCAACGCCGUUGGAAAACCCACACCUCGCUGUGCAGCGCCGAUGGCCUCUGCAGCAUAGGGCAGUCGGCUCCAUGGCGGAGUCUAAUGGAAGCAGCGAGUUCAUGUCGAGGCCAGUAUUGAUCCGAGCGUGUUUACACAGCAAGAUGAACAGAGCCCUCAGUCACAGUCGCUCAUAACACACAAUCAUGUUUUCUGUGAUGAUACAGCCGGGCAGAGUCAGUUCCCACAGCUGCCUGCUCACUGUUGCUCUCGGCCUGCUGCUGCUAAGUCACAGCGAGUUUCCCCAGGCAGCGGCGAGCAAUGGGAACUCCGGCGUCCGUGAAGCCCGCUCAGUGGGCGGCCAGGUGGUAGUUCAACCCGUGGACUGUGUUUUAUCAGAGUGGAGCCGUUGGUCCCGCUGUGACACCUGCGCAAAGAAAAGAUUCCGCUAUGCUAAACUGGAGCGGCCAUCUCAGUUCGGAGGAGAGCUGUGCUACCUUAAUGGCAGGCAGGAGGAGUCGUGUGAGGUUCCAGACCGCUACACCUGUGACAACGUGCCUCUGUGUGAGGGAUUCCUCUGCACCCAAACAGGUCGCUGUGUCCACAGAACCCUGCAGUGCAACGGGGAGGACGACUGCGGGGACAUGUCCGACGAGGCUGGCUGUCAGAGGGUUUCCAAGCCCUGCAGGGAGGAGGCUGAAGAGUACUGGGGAAUAGAAAAUCUUGCCAAAGGGAUAAACGUCCUGAACAGCCAAGUGGAAGGUGUGGUGCUCGAUAACAGAUACUAUGGAGGUGGCUGCCUGCCUCACUAUAUCCAGGAUGUCCCAUUCAGGAAGCCUUUCAACUUGCAACAGUACACGUUACAGACCGGAGGGUCGUACGACUUCACCCUGGAGUCAUUCUCGUCGUACUCCGACUACAUGGAGCACAUCCUCAGGGAACGCACGUCCCAAACCUCGUUCUCCUUCGGCUUUAGCGUCCCGGGCGUCUUCAGCCUGGGGUUCAAUUACAAAGAUUCUAAAUACAAAAAGUUUGUCAGCACGAUUCGACGUGCCUCUGGCGUUGAGAACAGUUUCAUUCAAGCCAAGGCGGAGCUGCAGCUAGCCCGGUACAUCCUGAAGUCGGACGGCUUGGUGCUUCACCCCGAGUUCCUGCAGCGCCUCCGCUCUCUGCCACAGGCGUACGUUUACGGAGAGUACAGACAGAUCUACAGGGACUACGGCACCCACUACAUCACCGAGGCCACCCUGGGAGGAGACUUUCAGCACACGAUCAUCCUGAACAAAAAGAAGCUGGAGAAGUCAGAUUAUACCUUGGACCAGUACAAGUCUUGCGUGCAGGUAGGCUUCAAGAUCGGGGUGACCAUUGAGGGCGUUCCCGUGUCUGUGGGUGCUGACGCCGGAUCCUGUGGUGGCCUUCUGAAGGAGAUGGGAGAGGACACGAAGAACGGGGCAACGAUGGAGGACUUUGUGGCUGUGGUGAGGGGCGGAAGCAGCGAAUCCAUCACCGCUUUCUUGUCUCAGAAGCUUCCCGGCCCGGACCUGAUGAGGCUCUGGGGCGAAGGUGUCCGUUUUAACCCGGACUUCAUUCGCAUGACAACCAAGCCCCUGUACGAGCUGGUGACUUCCAGAGACUUUGUCCAGGAUGCCAGCCUGAAGAGAAACUUGAAGAGAGCUUUGUCAGAGUACCUGGCUGAGACCAGCUCCUGUCGCUGCGCUCCCUGUCACAACAACGGAGUGGCUGUUUUAAAAGGCACAAGAUGUGAGUGCGUGUGUCCUUCUGGCUACACCGGACGGAGCUGUGAGAUCACUCACAUUCAAAAAGAGCUGGGCAUCGAUGGCAGCUGGAGCUGUUGGGGGCAGUGGUCCUCUUGCAGCGGCGGGAGAAUGAGCCGGAGUCGGCAGUGCAACAACCCGGCACCAAGCAACGGAGGCCUCUCGUGCACAGGGCCGCAGCAGGAGUCCACUGAAUGCUUUUGAAAUAGCUGACGCUCAAGAAGUCAAAAAUAAAUACAAAGUAUCAGCUAAACGCA